AUGGUAAUGACUGGAUGGCCAGAGAAAUCGCCAGAUGUGGAUUUUGAUCCAUUCUUCCACCGGAGAAAUGAACUGACAGUACAUCAAGGAUGUUUGCUGUGGGGAAUGAGAGUUAUCAUACCCCAUUCAUCUCGCAAGAAGAUAUUGGAAGAACUUCAUGAAGGACACAUCGGAGUUGUCAAAAUGAAGGCGUUGGCGCGUAGCCAUGUUUGGUGGCCUGGUAUUGAUAAAGGCAUCGAAAUUUUGGCACAAAGUUGUGUGGGUUGCCAAGAAGUGAAAACAGCACCCCCCAAGGCACCAAUUCAUCCUUGGGAAUGGCCUACAAAACCAUGGGAGAGAAUCCAUGUUGACUUUGCUGGUCCUUUCUUAGGAACAAUGUUUUUAAUAAUGGUGGAUGGGUUUUCAAAGUGGCCAGAGGUAGUUCAGAUGAACAAAACGACAUCUGGGAGAACAGUGGAAGUCCUACGCACGAUAUUUGCUCGAAAUGGACUGCCUAUCCAGUUGGUGAGUGAUAAUGGCCCACAGUUCACUUCUGAAGAGUUUGCAACGUUCAUGAAGGCGAAUGGUGUCAAACAUGUUACAUCAGCACCAUAUCACCCAAGUACCCAUGGCCUUGUCGAACGAUUCGUUCAGUCAUUCAAGAUGGCAAUGCGGUCCAGAAACAAGAAUGGAUCUGUGCAGAAGAAAUUGUCCAAAUUUCUCUUGGCAUACAGAAAUGCAUCACAAACGACGACUAGUGAACCACCCGCAAAACUGUUCAUGGGUCGGACUCUCAUGUCUCGACUAGAAUUGAUUCGUCCAGAUUUACGACAACAUGUGAGAAACAAGCAACUGUUGAUGCAGGAGAAUAGGGCUGCACAUCAUCGAAUAUUUGAAACUGGUCAAAGUGUGAUCAUGAGAGAUUAUCGUGGACAAAACAAGUGGGUUCCAGGGAUAAUCCGUACACGGACUGGUCCAGUUUAA